AUGUUAUCUGCUAACCGUAACGCCGCAGAAUCCCUGGAGCCAGUCAAGAGCGAAGAAGCAUCGCAGAAGGAUGUAACCCCGCCAGUCGAUCAACAAGCUGCGACUUCCGAGCCGAGAGACGUCCCACUUGGAUCUACCACCGUUGAAGUGCAGCGAGAUGCUUCGUCUGAGGCCCGAGUUUACACGGUCUGGGCAAGCGACGUCCACAACGAAGCCCAGGUCAAUGAGACGCGCACUUGGCUCAAGAGCCUUGUCAAAGACAAAGACAGGAUGCGUGACCAGCUGGGAUGGACCUGGGACACCUACGAAGAUUUCCCCAGAGAAGAGUGGGACAGGCUGGCCGAUGAAGGCAGGUUAGAAGAGGAGUUCGACAAUUACGAAGUGGUGCGUUGCUGGUCAGGCGUGGUCUUGGACCAGGCUGGAUACGAGAAGGUCGCAGCCAAAACGGAAUGGAUAGAGGCAAUUGAAGCUAACCUACACACUUCGGACAUGAACGCACGUGCACUUCCGACAAAGACAUAUACCGUCUACGCAGCCGACAUCAGGAACGAGGCCCAAGUCAACGAAACUCGGGUUUGGCUUGAAGGUUUGACCAAGGACAAGUCUAAGAUGCGCGAGGACAAGAGGUUUCCCUGGGAUGAGCCCGAAGACAUACCAGAAGACGAACUCGAUAAAUUGUAUGACGAGGGCAGGCUCGACGCUGAGCUUGACAAUUACGAAGUAGUUUACGCGUGGGGAGGCGUUAUACUAGACCAGUCAGGGUACGACGAGGUGGUGGCCAAGAAGGAAUGGGUGGAGCAUGUCGAGGAUCCGAGUCAAUACCACGAAGUAGAGAUGAGUGCUGUCCCCAGAAUGAGUAUCAAGACUACGGGAACCUUGGAAGCUCGGAAAUUCGAAUGGGGAGAUUGGCAGAAGCAGGAGGGUGCAGCGCGGGACUUGGUCCAAGUCAGCUGUUAUGAGGGAAGCAAUUUGGACGACUUCAAGGACUACGUUUACGAGAAGAGAGCUGGAGAGGGAGUACAUGUGUAUGUUUUGGAUCAUGGAGUACAGGUAGAUGUCAAAAAGGUAGUGACUUACCUCACAUACGUCGGUGACAUCGCUCUAACCCGACUUCAGGAAACCGGCGAAAAAGUGUUUCCAGGAUCCGACAACGAGCAGGACAAUAGCGGUAUCGUAGAAACAAGAGCUUUCACCAACCAAAAUGAUGCGCACAACAUUCGAUACGACCAUUCCCCUAAAGACCACGGAACGAAAGUAGCGUCCAAGAUCGUUGGGCAGUGGGGAACCGCAAAGGGAGCGACACUGGUGCCGGUGCAGGUCAAACCGGGCGGAGACGACAUUCACAACGGGUUCGAAAGGAUUUUUGCAGAUGUUGUCGUUAUGAGCAGGGGCACAGAACGCGCCGUCGGAGACAAUGGUCACAAGGGCUACACACGAGAAGAAGCAGAGAACGAUUACAGAGCAAAGCAAGAGAUUCUCUGGAUAAACCAGUUAUUCAGUUACGGGGUCCCCGUGGUGCUCGCUUCUGGUAAUGAAGCCGAAACUGAAGGCCGAAAAGUCAUCGACCAUUUCCCCCAGGUCUUGGAGACAGAUGACUUUCCCAUUAUCAACGUCGGGGCUGCCACGCUUGCAGGCAAAGCUGCACCUUUCUCGCAAGGCCUGGGUACUCAGCAAGAUCCAGAGAAGCGCACACAGCUGACCAUCUACGGUGUUGGAGUGGAUGUCGACGUCCACGAUCAAUAUGACGGUGCAGCAACGCAGGAUUCGGGUACGUCGUUCGCUGCCCCGGCGGUGGCAGGCAUUAUUGCUACACACAUGAACUACGAAUCCUGGGACCAGAGCAAGCAAGGACCCGACCGAGUGAAAGAAAUCAAGAGAUGGAUAACCACACCUGAGUCGAGCUGGGAGCGUGCCAAAGAUCCCGACAAGCAAGUCAACAUGAACCGAUACUUCUUCUACCGCCGCGAAGACGACAACCAAGAACCCGACAGCCUUUGCACCUCUCUACUCAACGACUUCCACCAAGACGAUCAAGGCGCGACGACUGAUGAGAAUCUAUUCGAGCAUCCGACGUGGCCGGCGGGAGAGUGGACGCUGAAUCUCUUCGGCGAGGAAUAUGUCUAUAGGAAGAAUGGGCAGAGUCCGUGA